AGCAGGCCGAGCGGCGAGCGCGUCCCUCCCGGUCCCGGUCCCGGUCCCGGCUCGCCCAGCCAAAAAUCCGCCGCCGCCCCCUCUCCUUCCCAGCUUUGCCCCAACACUCACCACUCACAGGCCCGAGGGGAAGAAAGACAGAAUCCUCUCCUCUCCCCUAGGCCUCUCCUCGGCAACCCCACGCCUCCUUCCGGCCCCCCCUCUUCAAUGCUCUCCCCGUCCCCUCCGCCAUGGACGACGCCGCCGCCACCCACCACUACCACCUCAUCAUCACAAUCGCCACCAUCCUGCUCGCCGCCGCCGGCGCGGGGCUCGUCCACGCAACCACGCACCCGGCGGACCAGGCGGCGCUGGACGACCUCCGGAAAUCCCUAACGAACCCGGACGCGCUGGGAUGGCCGGACAACGGCGACGCGUGCGGCCCGCCCACGUGGCCGCACGUCUCCUGCGACCGCACCGGCCGCGUCGACAACCUCGACCUCAAGAACGCCGGCCUGUCCGGUACCCUCCCGCCGUCGCUCUCCUCGCUCGCCGCGCUGCGCGGGCUCAGCCUCCAGGGGAACCGCCUCACGGGCGCGCUCCCGUCCUUCCGCGGGAUGUCCGCGCUCCAGCAAGCCUUCCUCAACGACAACGACUUCGACGCCAUCCCGGCCGACUUCUUCGACGGCGGCCUCACCGACCUACUCGAGAUCUCGCUCAGCGACAACCACCGCCUCAACAAGUCCAGCGGCGGCUGGGCGCUCCCGCCGGGACUCCCCGACUCCGCGCCGCAGCUGCAGGUGCUGUCCCUCGACAACUGCAGCCUCACCGGCGGGAUCCCGGCCUUCCUCGGCCGCCUCAUGGGGCUGCAAAACCUCACGCUCUCCUACAACAACCUCUCCGGCCCCGUCCCCGCCGCGCUCAACGGCUCCGCCAUCCAGAGGCUCUGGCUUAACAACCAGCAAGGGGAGGCCAAGCUCUCCGGCACACUCGACGUCGUCGUCACCAUGACGGGACUCCAGGAGCUCUGGCUCCACGGCAACGACUUCUCCGGGCCCAUCCCCGACGCCAUCGCCGGCUGCAAGGACCUCUACACCGUCAGGCUUAACAACAACCAGCUCCUCGGCCUCCUGCCGCCUGGCCUCGCCGCGCUCCCCGCGCUCCGGGAGCUCAAGCUCGACAACAACAACCUCCUGGGCCCCGUCCCGCCGCUCAAGGCCCCCAAUUUCACCUUCUCUGGGAACGAGUUCUGCGCCCCCAACCCCGGGGACGCCUGCGCCCCGGAGGUCAUGGCAUUGCUCCAAUUCCUCGCCGACGUGCAGUACCCGCCCAAGCUGGUAGAGACCUGGUCCGGGAACGACCCCUGCGCGGGCUGGCUCGGCGUCACCUGCGUCCAGGGCAAAGUCACCGUGCUCAACCUGCCGGGGUACGGACUCAACGGCACCAUCAGCCAGAGCCUCGGCAACGUCACCACGCUCUCCGACGUCAAGCUCGCUGGCAACAAUCUCACCGGCCGAGUGCCGGAUAGCCUCACCAAGCUCGCCUCGCUUCAGAAGCUGGACCUGUCCAUGAAUGACUUGAAUGGGCCGCUGCCCGCAUUCAGUCCCACCGUGGAUGUCAAUGUCACCGGCAAUCUCAACUUCAACACCACGGCGCCGCCGCCGGAUGGGCAGCCAAACAACUCCCCUCGGGGGUCUCAUUCUCCGCCUGGCGCAUCUGCUGGUGCUGAGGGUAAUAAUGAUGCAGCAAUCCCUGGGAGUGGGAAGAAGACCUCAUCAGCUGUAUUGCUGGGCACGACCAUUCCAGUCGCGGUGAGCGUGGUCGCCCUGAUUUCGGUGGGCGCUGUGUUCUUUUGCAAGAGAAGAGCAUCAGUGCAACCGCAGGCAGCCUCUGUUGUCGUGCAUCCCCGUAAUAGCUCUGAUCCAGAUAACCUGGCCAAGAUCGUCGUGGCCACCAACGACAGCAGCAGCGGCACGUCUCAAGGGAACAUGCAUAGCGGGAGCAGCGGCCUGACUGGCGAUGUCCACAUGAUCGAGGCUGGGAAUUUUGUGAUUGCUGUGCAGGUCCUCCGUGGCGCCACCAGAAACUUUGCCCAGGACAAUGUGCUUGGCCGUGGGGGAUUUGGUGUUGUUUACAAAGGGGAGCUGCAUGAUGGCACCAUGAUUGCAGUGAAGAGGAUGGAGGCUGUGGCGGUCAGCAACAAGGCUUUGGAUGAGUUCCAGGCCGAGAUUGCUGUCCUGACCAAGGUCCGGCACCGCAAUCUGGUGUCGAUACUGGGAUACGCGAUCGAAGGGAACGAGAGGCUGCUGGUUUAUGAGUACAUGCCCAAUGGGGCUCUGAGCAAGCACCUGUUCCACUGGAAGCAAUUUGAGCUGGAGCCUCUCUCGUGGAAGAAGCGGCUCAAUAUCGCCUUGGAUGUUGCUCGUGGGAUGGAAUAUCUGCACAACCUGGGCCAUCACCGCUUCAUACAUAGGGAUCUCAAGUCGGCAAACAUUCUCCUCGGUGAUGACUUCCGCGCAAAGGUGGCGGACUUUGGGCUGAUGAAGGAUGCGCCGGAUGGGAACUACUCUGUAGCGACCAGACUUGCUGGAACGUUUGGGUACUUGGCUCCUGAGUAUGCAGUGACAGGGAAAAUCUCAACAAAAGCAGACGUCUUCAGCUUCGGGGUAGUGCUGCUGGAGCUGAUAACAGGGACGACGGCCAUUGACGACAGCCGCGUGGGCGAGGGCGAGGAGACCCGUCACCUGGCGUACUGGUUCAGCCAGAUCCGUAAGGACGAGGAGCAGCUCCGGGCGGCCAUCGACCCGACCCUGGACGUGAGUGAUGACGAGACGUUCGAGAGCGUCGGCGUGAUCGCUGAGCUUGCUGGCCACUGCACGGCCCGGGAGCCGUCGCAGCGGCCUGACAUGGGGCACGCGGUGAACGUGCUGGUGCCCAUGGUGGAGAAGUGGAGGCCCGUGAAGGACGAGGCCGAGGACUACCUGGGCAUCGACCUGCACCUGCCGCUGUUGCAGAUGGUGAAGAGCUGGCAGGACGCGGAGGCCAGCAUGACGGACGGCGGCAGCAUCCUGAGCCUGGAGGACAGCAAGGGCAGCAUCCCUGCUCGCCCUGCUGGGUUCGCGGAGUCCUUCACCUCGGCCGACGGCCGGUGAAGAGGACUGGAGGAGGAAGAAGACAGAGCGUCUUCUUGGUAUCGAUCGCAUGAUCGUAUCAUAUCUACCGGGAGGAAUGCAUCCAUGGGAUGGGAUAAUAAGCAGUACAUGUCUCUCACUCUCUCUUGCCUGUUUUCGCACAGUGUUGGAAUUCGUUGUUGCUGUAGGUAGCAAAGAAAGAACGCAUCGUCGUCCAUGUGAUGUGCUCGUGCUUCUUCUCCUGCUCUGCUCAGCUUUGUAGAUAGAUGAUGAUAUGUUCCCUUCCUUUUUUGCCAUUGGUGGUAGGCAUCUCUUUUGCUUCUUCAGUUCUUUGUGUUAUUCCAGUCAGUCAGUCUUGAGACUCAAGUCUCUGGCUUUUUCGGUCAAGACAUGUGUAGUGCUCUCUCAGUUUCAGUUUCCUCCUGAACUGUACUGUACCCGGAGAAUUUUUUUUUUUGCAAAUGGAAGGAUGGGCAUCUCUUUUCCUGUC